AUGGCCGACACUAUCGCCGUCGAUUCCCUCUCCCUCAACGCUGGUAAUGAUCAUGGCAGGACUACCCUCUCGCCCUUCCUCUUUCGGGAAUCGAAUAAGGGCUUGGCACCCACCCGUUCCUCCCCUCGAGCAUUCACUGGCCAGCAAUGGACGAAGCAAGUCGAGGCGGCGUUCAACGUUCAGGACCCAACAACAAUAGCAACAACGGCAGCACGCUGUCAUCUCGCUCACGUCGACGAGACCAAGGGCCAUGACGAGACCGGCAACGGUUCCGCCGAGCUCCCCUACCAGACCGCUGCCAGAGCCCUUCAGGCUCACGGUGAUGGCGCCAAGAUCUUGGUCUGGAAGGCCGCUGCUGCCGGCACUGACGAGGUCUCUGCCUACGUCCCCAUCUCCGGAGCUGCCUUGAAGAAGGCCGUCAAGAAGGUCGCUGAGCUCGAGAAGAAGGCCAAGAAGCAGGCCGAGCAGGCCUCUGAGCAGGCUGCUAAGGAUAAAGCUGCUGCCGAUGAGCGUGAGCGCGUCUUGGAGGCUGCCAAGGCCAUUGUCUUGACUGAGAACCCUGCCUUGCCCGCUGCCCAGAAGAUCAAGAUCAGAAACGGUGUUGAGAACAGAGGCAAGCGCGUUAGGGUCUCGGGAUGGGUUCACCGUCUCCGUGUCCAGGGAAAGAACAUGACCUUCAUCAUUCUCAGAGACGGUACCGGAUACCUCCAGUGCGUCCUCACCGACACCCUUUGCCAAACCUUCGAUGCUCUUACCCUUACUCUCGAGUCGACCGUCACCGUCUAUGGUGUGAUUAACGAGCUCCCCGAGGGCAAGACUGCACCUGAUAACCACGAGUUGACUGUUGACUACUGGGAGUGCAUUGGAAAGGCCCCCGGUGGCGAGGAGGCCAUGUCCAACAAGGUUAACGAGAACUCUGACCCCUCCGUCAAGUACGAUCUCCGUCACUUGGUCUUGCGCGAGGAGAAGGCUUCCGGCAUCUUGAAGGUCCGCUCUCAGGUCAUGAAGGCCUUCCGCGACCACUUUGACAACCGCGGCUUCACUGAGGUCACUCCCCCCGCCAUGGUCCAGACCUCGGUCGAGGGAGGUUCGACCUUGUUCGAGCUCAACUACUACAACGAGAAGGCUUACUUGACUCAGUCCUCCCAGUUGUACUUGGAGACCUGCCUUCCCUCCUUAGGAGAUGUCUACUGCUUGGCUGAGUCCUUCCGUGCCGAGAAGUCCCAUACCCGUCGCCACUUGUCCGAGUACACCCAUUGCGAGGCUGAGAUGGCUUUCAUUUCCUUUAACGAUUUGCUCGAGCAGUUGGAGGAGAUGGUCUGCGAUGUCAUUGACCGCACCUUGGCCCACAAGCCCUCUGCCGAAAUUGUUUACAAGCUCAACCCCAGCUUCAAGAAGCCCGAGCGCCCCUUCUUGCGCAUGGAUUACACCGAGGCCAUCCAGUACUUGAAGGACAACGACAUCAAGAAGGAGGACGGUACUUUCUACGAGGUUGGUGAGGAUAUCCCCGAGGCUCCCGAGCGUGCCAUGACCGACAAGAUUAACCGCCCCAUCUUCUUGUGCCGCUUCCCUGCCGAGAUCAAGUCGUUCUACAUGAAGCGCUGCCCCGAGAACAACGCCUUGACCGAGUCGGUCGAUGUGUUGAUGCCCGGUGUCGGAGAGAUUGUCGGAGGAUCGAUGCGUAUUUCUGACUUGGAGGAGUUGAUGGCCGCCUACAUUCGCGAGGGUCUUGACCCCAACCCUUACUACUGGUUCACCGAGCAGCGCAAGUACGGAACCUCGGAGCACGGAGGAUUCGGUCUUGGUGUUGAGCGGUACAUUGCCUGGUUGUUGAACCUCCACACCGUCCGUGAUGCAUGCUUGUACCCUAGAUUCACUGGCCGUGCUUUCCCUUAA